CCCUUUCCCCAUUUUUUCUAUAAAUAACACUCUCCCUUCUCCUCUUUCUUCUCCCCCUUCUCCCUUUCUCUUCUCUUCUCUACCAUCAUAUUCCUUCUCAUAUUAGGAAAAGCAGCCACAACCAAGUGCACCACCACUCUACAAUCUUUUAACAAGACUCAUUACCGGAGGUUCCAAUUAAAGAUGAAACAUAUGCUUUUCCUACUUAUCACUUUCAAGAUUAUAAAAAAGAAGUUGACAAAGCUAAGAGAGAGAAUGGGAUUUCAAACAACACACAACACUAAGAAGUCAAAAGAUGACUCAAACAACGCUCAUGAACAACAACACUCUUUAAUUCCAAGGGCACUCAAUUUGACUCAUCAUAAUUUAACCACAAAUAAUACCAAAUUCAUUCACUCUGGCUAUGAUUCAUGGCUGGUAACACACCCUUCAGCAUUGAGCUUAUUUGAUAAAAUGAUGGAAGGUGUCGAUGAAAAAAGGAUCGUCGUAUUUUUAGAUUACGACGGUACCUUAUCACCUAUUGUAAAUGACCCUGAUCGUGCUUUCAUGUCUGAUGAGAUGCGUGCAGCAGUAUCUGAAGUUGCUACUUAUUUUCCAACAGCAAUAAUUAGUGGAAGAGGCAGAGAAAAAGUAAAAGAUUUUGUGAAGUUAAAUAAUUUAUAUUAUGCUGGGAGUCAUGGUAUGGACAUAAUGGCACCAUCAGUGCCAAUUAACCAAUGUGACAAAACUACUCUUCACACAAAUGGCAAUGGAGUUCCCUUUCAACCUGCCAAGAAAUUUUUGCCUGCAAUUCAAGAGAUAUUAAAAAGAUUAGAGAAUGUAAUAAAGGGCAUAGAAGGUGCAAGUAUAGAAGACAAUCAAUUUUGUAUCUCUGUACAUUUUCGACAGGUUCAUGAAAAGGACUAUAAUGUUUUGGAAGAGAAAGUAAAGUCUGUGCUUGAAAAAUAUCCAUUGUUCUGCAUGACUGAGGGUAAAAAGGUUAUGGAAAUAAGGCCAUCAAUAAAAUGGAACAAAGGAAAUGCUCUAGAAUAUUUUUUAGAGACAUUGGGAUUAAGCAAUUCCAACAAUUUUCUUCCUUUGUAUAUUGGGGAUGAUAAAACUGAUGAAGAUGCUUUUAAGGUUAUUCGAAGUAGAGGGCAAGGUUAUUCGAUUAUAGUGUCAUCAACUCCAAGAGAAACAUGUGCUUUGUACUCUUUGCGUGACCCAUCAGAAGUACUAAUGUUCUUGUCAAGGCUAGCAAAAUGGAGGAAGAGAUCUUAAGAAGGCCUUCAGUUAUUGGUAUUAUAUAUAUCAUGAAUGUGAUAGUUUAGAAGUACCCAAAGUUACUUCCCACAAUGGUUUUAAAAAAAGUGGGAUAUUUGUUAAAUAUUUCCUUCAAGCACUAGUUGGUAUGUAAAAUAGCCUUUUAUAUAUA